AUGAUGUUUCAAACUAUAAAUAUCUCCCAAUUAAACAAAACUGUUAAAGUCCCAAUUGGCAUAUUUGUUGGUGGUACAUUUGUUCCAUCUUCUGAUGGUGGGACAAUCGAUUCUUUUAACCCUGCAACUGGCGAGAAGAUUGCAUCGUUUUAUGCAGGAACAGAAAAGGAUGCAAAUGCUGCUGUCGAAAUAGCAAAGGAUGUCUAUACCUACACAUGGUCAAUGAGACCUGUGAAGGAACGUCGUGAUUUGUUGUUAAAACUUGCUGGGUUAUUGGAACGAGACAAGGAAAUCCUUGCAGCACUUGAUUCAGUUGAUGCUGGGAAACCUUACAAUAACAAUGCACUAGCAGAUUUAGAUCAAAUAAUCAGUCUAACAAAUUAUUAUGCGGGUGCCGUUGGUAAAUAUACCAAUGGUGAGGUUAUUCCUGUUAGUAAUGACAAGUUUUGUUACACUUUAAGAGAACCGUUUGGUGUUGUGGCUCUUAUUGUACCGUGGAAUUAUCCACUGGCAAUGGCUUGUUGGAAAUUACAGGGCGCUCUCGCAGCUGGUAAUACUGUUGUGAUUAAACCCUCAGAAAAUACAUCACUUUCAUUAUUAUAUUUUGCUCAAUUAAUUAUGGAAGCAGGAUUCCCUAAAGGUGUAGUUAAUAUUAUACCAGGUUACGGUAACGUAGUAGGAGAGACACUCUCUAGACACAUGGACGUAAACAAAAUAUCUUUCACAGGAAGCACUACAGUCGGCUGUAAGAUUCUACAAUGUGCAGGUAUGUCUAAUAUGAAAGAAGUAUGCUUAGAGUGUGGUGGUAAAUCACCUGCUGUGGUGUUUAAAGAUGCACAAGUUGACAAUGCUGUUGCUUGGACAGCUAACGGUAUUUUUUACAAUAGUGGUCAGAAUUGUACUGCCAAUUCACGGAUUUAUGUACAUGAAAAUUUGUACGAUGAGUUUUUGAUUAAAUUUAAAGACUAUGCUAGAAAAAACUACUCAUUUGCAGAUUUUGACGUGUUCAAUCCGGAGUGUACAUUGGGUCCAGUUAUUUCACAAAUUCAGUACGAUCGAAUCAUGAAAUACAUUGAAAACUAUGAUGGCAAAAGAGAUAUCUUAUUUCCAAUACCAUCUAAAUCAGAGACCAAGGGGUUUUUCAUUCCUCCUGUUGUCUUUACGGAUGUUCCAGAAACAUCUGCCCUAUUGCAAGAAGAAAUAUUCGGCCCUGUAGUUGUCAUUACCAAAUUUUGCCACUACAGUGAAGUCAUGAAAAUGGCAAACAAUUCACGCUAUGGGCUUGCUGCAGCAGUCUUUACUGAGGGUGUUCGUCGUGGUCAUAGAUUUGCGAGAGAUAUACAAGCUGGUACAGUUUGGAUUAAUUCAUCCAAUGAUGAAGAGGUUACCGUGCCAUUUGGCGGGUUCAAAAUGAGUGGUGUAGGACGUGAGUUGGGUAGGUAUGGUGUUGAAAGUUACCUGCAGACGAAGACAGUUCAUAUGAGUAUGGUACCACAUCAUUGA